AUGGCUGACAAGAAAAGUCCACAACUCUCACAGGAUGACCUCCUGGCUCGAAUCACCGAGCUUCAGGCAAAAGUACGAAGAAUAGCUGAGCUGUCUACACAGAACAAUGGAGAAAGCUCCAAAAGCUCGGCUCAAGGUGCUACAGAUCCUCUAAACAUCAUCCCGCCAAAGAAGAAGCUCACCCUUGACAAUCCCUUCUCCGAAGAGAUCACAAAUUACCAGAUGCCAAAAAACUUUACUCUGCCUACCGCACUGGAGCCGUACAAGGGGUUCGGCGACCCUCGAGCCCACGUAAAGAAGUUUCAAUCGAUGUUGUUUUUCAACGGCCCUAAGAAUGAGCCCGUCCUCUGCCGAGCAUUCCCUACCUACCUCGACGGUGCUGCAUUACUCUGGUUCUCUAAACUUCCUGAAGGUUCAAUUUCCUCCUUUGAAGAUCUUGCCAGAUCAUUCAUUGAUUACUUUGCCGCUUCAAGAAUCUACGUACAUGGCUCAGACUACCUCAGCACCAUUAAGCAAGGUCAGCACGAAAGCCUGAAGGACAACAUGACCAGAUUCGCUGACGCCACUAUGGAGAUCCAGGACUUAGACCCGGCCGUCCACCUGCACGCCCUCAAGGCCGGCCUCAGGCCCGGCAAAUUUCGGGAGACCAUUGCCAUAACAAAGCCAAAAAUGCUAGAGGAAUUCCGAGAAAGGGCAACAGGUCAAAUGGAGAUCGAAGAACUCCGAGAAGCCCAAAAAUCGGACAAACAACCACAUCGGAGAGAUGAAGAAAAAAUUUUUAGAUCGCCUGGUAGCAGAGACACUAAGAAACCUUCCAAGCCCACGUCAAAAUACAACACAUACACCAGAUUCAAUACCAGAAGAGAAAACAUCAUCAGAGAAAUCCUCAACGCCAAAAUCAUAAGGCCACCAGCUCGAGCGGGAAAUUACCAGGAUCAAAGGUUCGCGGAUAGGACAAAGCAUUGUGCUUUCCAUCGGAAGUUUGGACACACCACGGACGACUGCAUAGUCACGAAGGACCUCCUGAAAAGGCUGGCACGCCAAGGGCUCUUGGACAAAUAUAUCGAGACCCAGAAGGGCAGAGGAGGAAACUCGGACAGGGUAGAGCACAAGCAAGCAAAGGCCGACGACAAAAAAGAGAGGACGACUCCUGAUCCACCAAGAGGAGUCAUUAACCACAUAUCGGGGGGGAUUCACAAGCGGAGGAGAAACAAGCUCGGUAAGGAAGCGAAGCUUCAGAGCGAUGCUAGCAAUCGAAGGAACCAUACAACCAAGGAAGGACAAAGAACCAGACGUCACAAUAUCCUUUAA